UCGCUCAAACUGCCGGGACCUUAAUACCGUAGCACGGUAAGAAACGUAAUCGAAAAUGGCAGAUACGUCAGAUUAUCCGAGGGGAUCAUCUAUUAUGGAUCCUUUAAAAGGGGUUUUAGUAGCAUAUUUCAUGCCAGAAUCUUGCUACGAUACGUUUUUUCUGGAUUUUGACUUUCUGGACGUACCAUGUCUGAAGAUUGUAGUGAGCAAGGCCCUGGGUAUCGGCAUCAUCCUGGGAUCUGUGUUGGUGAAAUUACCUCAGAUUAUAAAGCUGAUGGGAGCAAAGAGUGCUGAGGGGCUGAGCUUCAAUUCGGUGCUCCUGGAACUGUUAGCCAUCACUGGAACAAUGGUGUACAGCAUGUCCAACAAGUUCCCCUUUAGUGCCUGGGGUGAGGCUCUGUUCCUCAUGUUGCAGACUGUGACCAUUGGCUUCCUCAUCCAGCAUUAUGGAAGACGAACCAGCAUAGGUCUCUCCUUUCUGGUGAUAUAUUUUAGCCUGCUGGGGGUCCUUUUGUCUCCAGUCACUCCCAUGUCAGUGGUUACCACCAUGCAGGCUUCCAACAUGCCAGCCAUCAUCAUUGGCAGGCUGAUCCAGGCUGCAACUAACUUCCGCAAUGGGCACACCGGCCAGCUCUCUGCUAUCUCUGUUUUCCUGUUGUUUGCUGGAUCCCUCGCUCGGAUCUUCACCUCCCUGCAGGAAACUGGGGAUUCACUGAUGGCCCUUACAUACGUCAUAUCUUCUACGUGCAACUGCAUCAUUGCCCUGCAGGUUCUUUACUACUGGAACAGCAGCCCUGAACAUAAGAAGAAAAAGAAGAGUGAAUAAAUAAAAAAUCUUUAAAUGUCAUUUUUAGAGCAUUGUUUAAAUGUACUUAUCCUGGUUUAGAACUUCUCCUCUUCAAAACCUGAGGAACUAACAGACAAUGAGCGGAGUAGCACUUAAUGUCCCGUUGAAGAAAGAGAUGAAUUUUCUGGACCAAAGUGAUUGUGUGCUGCUUCUCUGGCUUCAUGGUUGAAAGCUGGUAUUGUUGGUGGGGUCCAGAUUCUCCUUUCCCGUGAGGCACAAUCAUCACUCAGUAAUCACAUUCCAGUGGAACUGUUCUGAUGAUUAGGAUUAAUAAAUGUAAAGGUUCUGUUUAAGAUCUGUUCCUGGCCCUUAAAUAUUUUUCUAAUUAUGGUUAUUUUGUCAUUAAUGAUUAAAGUCUGAUUAUAUGGUGAAAACCAACAUUUUAUCUUUAAGAGUUCCUUAAGAAGAACAAGUAUGAAUAUUCCAUUUUCAAAGCUUUUCAGAGCCAUAACUAAAGCUACGGCACAGCAGUUCCAGUCCUUUUUUUAUUCUAAAUUUGAUGUAAAAAGCUUUAAAAGCAAUCAAGUUGAACUGGACCAUUUCUGUAAACAAAACCAAGCAUGUACCUUUCCACACACUACGCUUACCAGGAUAAUCUGGCAGAGAAUCCUGCAUGUGAACAGGCUGAUUGACGGCUUGGAAGACAAGCGAAACAAAAGCUUGGUGCUUUUCAAGUCAACACACUUGAAAAGCACCAAAGGCCUGUGUUAGCCUGUAUUUACUGUACUGAAAGUAAAUGAGUAUUAGCUUUCCCUUUUUUUCGAAUCAGUUUAUGUUUUGCAGUUGGAACAAGCUGAAAUUAUUUGUAAAGUUGCGCUAUCUGAUUGAAAGCCUUCAUUGUUUGUUCUUAUUUAUUUUUUACCAUGCUCCCUGAACUGGAAUGAAUAAAUAAAACGUUUGUCACACAUUCCUAGGAGCAUGUCACUGUAUUUUUCAUGAUGCAGGAUAUAUUUUCUACACUUUUUGCUGUGGUGUCUAUAAACUGGAAGAUUUAUAUACAAUUUCAAUAAAUACAAAUCAUGGUGGUGUUGGUCUACAUGAACAUUGAAA